AGAGCGACCAGCGACGGUCGUGAUUCGCGUUUUUUAACCUAUCCCACCUCUGCAACCUCCUUUCCUCGUCCUUCCUCGCCCGUUUCAUUCCCCACCUCUCGCGGAUCUUCUUACGUGCGCCGAUCUUUCCUCCGCUCCUCUCUCCGCUCCUUAUAUCUCGAAUUCCACUUCAGUUUGGUCAUGUCAUCGCCGUUGGCUCCCCGAUCGCCCCUCCUCUCCGCGAGCGGAGCUCACGCCUCUCUUCUCUUCUUCUGAGUAAUCUCAAGCUCGGAACUAAACCGCGUUGAUUUUCUCUUUCGAGAAUCAUACGUCGCAAAUUCGGGGAUAGGUUAAUCAUGUCAUUCUUCUUUCAUUUUUUGUCGAGUUUUCUUAGGUUCUUUGUUUAAUCAUCGUCUUCGUUGAGCGGCCUCCUGGUUAUAGUGGGAUCCGCGACGGAUGAAUGUAUCUUUUGGUAUUGUGUUGUUGGUUUCUUGAAUCUUGAUAGGGUUACGCUCUCUUGAGUGAUGAUCUUCUUGGUCAUUACUAAGGUCCAGCCAUUCGGACAAUUGGUCUGGUUUCCGUGGAACUAAUCCAGAACACAUCUUUUUUUUUUGCAUAAUUGAGUGUUUCAAGUUUUGUGAAAUUGUAAGGCAUAUCUUUCAUCUGUGGUGAUUAAAGAAGGCCUUUCAAGUGCACAAUGUCUAGUUCUACAAAAUAUGUCGAUCCUGCAUUUCAGGGAGUUGGACAAAAAGUAGGAACAGAGAUCUGGCGGAUUGAGAACUUUCAACCAGUGCCUUUACCAAAGUCUGAUUAUGGUAAAUUCUACUCUGGAGACACAUAUAUAAUUUUGCAGACAACUUCUGGCAAAGGUGGUGCCUACCUUUAUGACAUUCACUUUUGGAUCGGAAAAGAGUCAAGCCAGGAUGAAUCUGGGACUGCAGCAAUCAAGACAGUUGAACUUGAUUCUAUUCUUGGAGGUCGUGCUGUUCAGCGCAGGGAGCUUCAAGGCUUUGAAUCUGACAAAUUAUUGUCAUACUUCAAACCUUGCAUUAUUCCUUUGGAAGGAGGGUUUGCUUCUGGAUUCAGAAAGCCAGAAGAGGAAAAGUUUGAAACACGAUUAUAUGUUUGUAGAGGAAAACGAGUUGUCAGAAUGAAACAGGUUCCAUUUGCUCGGUCAUCACUGAAUCAUGAUGAUGUAUUUAUCUUGGAUACUGAAAAGAAAAUAUAUCAGUUCAAUGGUGCUAACUCUAAUAUUCAAGAAAGGGCUAAAGCUUUAGAAGUAGUACAAUAUUUGAAGGACACCUACCAUGAAGGAAAAUGUGAUGUUGCUAUUAUUGAUGAUGGAAAGCUCCAAGCUGAGUCAGACUCUGGCGAAUUCUGGGUCCUUUUUGGUGGCUUUGCACCAAUUGGCAAAAAGAUUAUCAGUGAAGAUGAUGUUGUUCCAGAGACCACUCCUUCAAGGCUUUAUAGUAUCGUUGAUGGUCAACUGAAGCUGGAAGAAGGUACACUUUCUAAAGCAAUGUUGGAGAACAAUAAAUGCUAUUUGCUGGAUUGUGGGGCUGAGAUAUUCAUUUGGGUUGGUCGGGUGACACAAGUUGAUGAGAGAAAAGCUGCCAGCAAAGUUGCAGAGGACUUCAUCAUCAGUCAAAAUAGACCAAAAACAACACGCAUUACUCAAGUUAUUCAAGGUUAUGAAACACAUUCAUAUAAAUCCAACUUUGAAUCAUGGCCUGCGGGUACAGCAACAGGAACCUCUGGUGGAGAGGAAGGACGAGGAAAAGUUGCAGCAUUGUUAAAGCAACAAGGUAUUGAUAUCAAAGGACUCUCAAAAGGCUCUCCUCUAAAUGAUGAAGUUCCUCCUUUGCUUGAAGGCGGUGGAAAACUUGAGGUUUGGCGCAUUAAUAGCAGUGCCAAAAGUCCAGUCCCAAAAGAAGAGAUUGGUAAAUUUUACAGUGGAGAUUGUUAUAUUGUGCUCUAUACGUAUCAUUCUGGUGAGAAGAAAGAAGACUACUACUUAACCUGUUGGAUGGGAAAUGAUAGUAUUCAGGAUGACCAAAUGAUGGCUACUCAGCUGUCUAAUACAAUGUGGAGUUCCUUAAAAGAAAGACCAGUGCAGGGCCGCAUUUUUCAAGGAAAAGAACCGCCACAGUUCAUUGCACUCUUUCAGCCCAUGGUUGUUUUGAAGGGUGGAAUCAGCUCUGGUUAUAAAGAGUUCAUUGCAGACAAGAAUCUGAAUGAUGAAACUUAUACUUCUGAUGGCAUUGCACUAAUGCAAGUAUCUGGUGCAUCAGUCUACAACAAUAAAGCAGUUCAAGUUGAUGCGGUGGCAUCAUCAUUAAGUUCCACAGAUUGUUUCAUUUUGCAAUCUGGGAAUUCACUUUUCAAUUGGAAUGGAAGUUCAAGUACCUUUGAACAACAACAAUGGGCCGCACAAAUUGCAGAAUUUCUAAAGCCAGGUGUUGCACUAAAGCAUGUAAAGGAGGGAACGGAAAGCUCUGCUUUCUGGUUUGCUCUUGGUGGGAAGCAAAGUUAUACCAGCCAAAAGAUCAAACAAGAUAUUGUUAGAGAUCCCCACUUGUAUACCUUUUUGUUUAAAAAAGAAAAACUAGAGGUUAAUGAAGUCUUCAAUUAUUCUCAAGAUGAUUUGUUAACUGAAGACAUGUUGCUGUUUGACACCCACGCUGAGGUCUUUGUAUGGAUUGGACAUUCUGUAGAUUCCAAUGAGAAGCAAAAUGCAUUUGAUAUAGGACAGAAAUACAUAGAGCUUGCAGUGCCACUAGAAGGUUUAUCCCCACAUGCACCACUUUAUAAAAUUACAGAGGGUAAUGAACCUUGUUUCUUCACGACAUAUUUCUCUUGGGACCCUGCAAAGGCUAUGGUUCAAGGAAAUUCUUUCCAGAAGAAACUAUCACAUCUAUUUGGGACUGGAAUGCAUGCUUCAGAGUCUAAAGAUAAGUCUACUGGUGUGCAUCAUGAUGGACCUACUCAAAGGGCGUCUGCCCUAGCGGCACUAUCAUCUGCAUUUAAUCCAUCUUCAGGCACCAAAACUACAGCACCAAAGCCUUCACGGUCAAACCAAGGGUCACAGCGAGCAGCUGCUGUUGCUGCGCUGUCUUCUGUUUUAACUGCUGAACAAAAGAGGGGGGAUUCAGAAACCUCCACAACAACAAUUAGCAGAAGUCCUUCCCCUACUCCAGAUGUGACUGCAAAUGAUUCUACAAAGAUUAAAAUGAUGGGCUCGGAGUCAGAACAUUCCUUUGAGCUUUCAUCAGAGAAGGAACCCAUAGAAGGAGAUGGCUCUGUAUCAGAGAGCAAUGAUGCAGAUUCUGAGGUGACACAGGAACCAAAGAUAGAUGAAAACGGGGGUGAAACUACAUUCAGUUAUGAGCGCUUGAAAGCUAAGUCUAGCGAUCCUGUCAGCGGAAUUGACUACAAACAAAGAGAGGCCUACUUAUCUGAUGCCGAGUUUGAGACGGUUCUGGGUAUGACUAAAGAGGCGUUUUAUCAACAACCCAAGUGGAAACAGGAUAUGCAGAAAAGAAAGGUGGAUCUCUUCUAAGCGUUUUUUUUGCAUCCUCGAGCCACAACCUAUUCAGCUCAUUCUGCUUCGGCUUUGGUGGGUUUUAAGGUCACCAGGCAUUCAUUUAUUUGUAGCCAUCAUCCAAGUCUGACUACUCUUAGAAUAUUAGUUUGUAUGUUAUAGUUUGUUUCUGUAAUGGUCCAUAUGUACAUAAUUUGUGUUUGAUACAUAUGGAUUGCCCUUAGGCUAUGUCAUAUUUAUCCAUGACGUAUUCAGAAUGUGGAACACAUUACUGCUACAAAAACUCUUGAUCUUAAACUUUUAUUUUAUUCUA